UAAGGGUGCAUUGUUUCCCAUUCAUUCUGCUGAGUAGAGUUGGAGCACCCAGCUUUCUAACAGUAAACCUCUGGAAGUGACUGGGAGAGAAGCCUCUGUGGAUGGGACUGCGGGCAGCAUCGGUGUGCUGGCCAAAGAGUACUCUCGCUUCUACGGGACCUCGCUCAGCGACGUGUGUGAGAGGAUGGAGGAGCUACGCAAGCGCAAGCUAGUGCAGGAGGCCGACAAGGGAAAGAUUGAGUCAGCCGCCUCGUCUGUUCAGCUCCGCACGCAGAUCCAGGAGUCCCUGGGCUUCAGCAGUGCCAUGUCGACCCCAGAAACCGACAGACGCGAGCAGGGAGUCUGUGCUGCAGUCCAUUUGAUUGGCCCGUCCUGCCCUGCCUCUGACGCCGGGCCCACGGGCCGCUUUGCUUCUGGCAUUUUUUUUUUUUACAUUUUUUGGUCGCUUGGAAGAGGAGGAAGGAGGAAGAGGGCAGAGGAAUGUGUUGAGGGAUGUUAUGGGAUAGUGGAAACCAUGAAGAAGACAGUGCUGGAGAACAGGUUCCCUGUGCAAAAGUCCAGUUCAGAUGAUGGAGCAGGGGGAAAGUCGGAAGGCAAGAGGAAGAACAAAUCUUUUUGGCUGAACUUCCGGAAGUCACAGAAAGGGCUCCCACGACAGCCUUCAAGAGCGGGAGAUGAUGUUGGUUUCGUGGCCAGCGAGAUCACGAUGAGUGACGAAGAGCGCAUCCAGCUGAUGAUGAUGGUGAAGGAGAACAUGAUCUCUGUGGAGGAGGCCCUGGCACGGCUGAAGGAGUUUGAGCUCCAGAACCGCCACACCUUCAGGGCGGAGCCGGUGGAGUGGGCCGAGCCUGGCGGGACCCCCAUCCAAGACCCGCUCAGCUGCAACACGUGUGAGCUGUCGGACUCGGAGCAGGAGGAGUCGCUGGCCUUCCGGAGGCUUCAUAAGCUCGUCAACUCCACCCGCAAGGUGAAGAAGAAGCUGAUCAGGAUCGAGGAGGGCAGGAGGCCCGGCCCGGAAGAGUGUGUGAGUCUCGAGGCGUCUCCCCGCCGCCUGGCCGGAGACGCGGCCGCCGUUGCGUCUCUGUACGCCGACGUCAACAAGAGGCACCCCGCGGCGUCGGGGUCGGCGUCGGGGUCGGCCUCGGGGUCGGCCUCGGGGUCGGCCUCGGGGUCGGCGUGCUCCGCAGGCGGCACGGUGGACACCCUGGCGGCUGCCCUGCGCGAGCAGCUGGCCUACGACCGCGACUCGGACAGCCUGGCCACCUCCACCUCGCCCUCCCGCUCCUCCAGCAGUCUGGACACCUGCAGCAGCCACAGGACCGUGUUCAGCCACGCCGCCGCCGCGGCCAGCCUGGGCCGUCACCACGGCAACAGGCUCCUGUCGGGGGGUCGGGGGGUGGCCGGGGGCGACGGCCAGAGGCCCCCGCUGGCGCGCUCUAUGACGGACGGGGAGCUCCGACAGCGGGCCCUUAGUCCCCUCAGUCUCCCAGGGAGAACGUGUAGUUUCGGAGGAUUUGAUCUGAACAACCGCAUCCUGCACUCUUUCCACUGCGACUGUGAUUCUUCCAACAAAGAUGGAGGCGGUGCGAGAGACAACGUUAAAUCCCCAACGACGUCCCGCAUUUCUCUGGGCAAGAAGGUCAAGUCUGUAAGGGACACCAUGAGGAAGCGGAUCUCCAAGAGAUACCACUGUUCCCUCUCUGAGCAGUCCAGUCCGGACCGCCCGUCCAGCUGCCCCCAGUCCCCCCACAGGGAGCCCGGCUCCCCGGGGAAGGCCAAGCUGGGGGGGUCCGUGGAGAGCCUCCGCAGCUCCCUCAGCGGACAGAGCUCCAUGAGCGGUCAGACUGUGGGAACCACAGAUUCCUCCAACAGCAACAGGGAGACGGUGAAGUCUGAGGAUGGGGAGGAGGACGAGCUGCCGUACGGCGGGCCCUUCUGUGGGCGCGCCCUGGUGCACACCGACUUCACCCCCAGCCCCUACGACACAGACUCCCUCAAGCUGAAGAGUGGAGACAUGAUUGACGUCAUCAGCAAGCCUCCGAUGGGCACCUGGAUGGGGCUGCUGGGCGGGAAGGUGGGCACCUUUAAGUUCAUCUACGUGGACGUGGUGAGCGAGGAGCCGGAGGCCAAGCCCAAGAAAAACCGUAGGAGGAGGAAGGCCCGCCAGCCCAAGCCCACCUCCGUCGACGAGCUCCUGGACCGCAUCAACCUCAAGGAGCACCUCCCCACCUUCCUGUUCAACGGCUAUGAGGACCUGGACACCUUCCAGCUGCUGGAGGAGGAGGACCUGGACGAGCUGAACAUACGGGACCCCCAGCACCGCGCGGUGCUGCUCACCGCCGUGGAGCUGCUGCAGGAGUACGACGGCAGUAGUGACCCGGAGCAAAGCGGCCAAUCUGGGGACAAGGAGCUCCUAGAGAGGCGUGGCCUACUGGCGGACUCUCCGCGGGACUCGGGCUGCUACGAGAGCAACGAGAACCUGGCCAACGGACGGGACCGACGGACGUCUUCCAUCAGCAGGUCUUCCUCUGGCUUUGAGUCCAGCCAUCUCCUGUCCCCAGAGACCCCCAUCCACCCCCUGGUGCCGCCCCACCGCUCCUGCCCAAGUAAAACCACCCCCGGGAGCCCCCAGGACGGAGCUCCAGACCUGCAUGGUCCCACCAGGCCUCGGCCCCUCUGCAGAGCCAUAGCAAGGAGCUGGAGCUAUGUGGAGCUAAGGGACAUUAGGAUGGAGCCAGCCCCGCCGCGGCGCUGCCUCUCCCUGGAGGACCUCCAGAACCAACCAGGACCUAGUAGCCGCCUGGAGGACCUGAAGUUAACAGAGGCUAGCACCGUCGUAGUGGAAGGGAAACGGCAAGUACGGAAUCUCUGCGGAAACACUCCUUCCUCUGGGUCGGUUAGCGUGACGUUUGUCUUGGACCAGAACCCCGUCGCCGCGAGGGAGGCGUUGGUCAUCGACACCUCUGAAAGAAACACGAUCCAUCAGACAGCUAGCGCACAGCUCACACCGAACCACAAGGUGUUCCCAUCUCAUCCCGGGUCGAGAUCUGCCUCUCCAGGCCCAGGAAGACCAAACGCUGUGUCCACAGAAAGGGACAUCGAUACCUCCUUCCCACCGGGGGCCCCCGUGGACCCCCGCCUGUCACUGGAGGGAAACAGAGAGCGGCUGGAUGUGGACCAGGUCAGAGUCCCUCAGCUGCAGUGCUCCGGGAUCACACCCGGGAACCUGGGGAGCCUAGAGUGCCUGGUGGAAGAGAGGCUGCAGACGCAGGGCAUCGACCUGACCGCUGAACCCUUCUCAGACAAGCACGGUUGCUAUGGAAUCCCUCGCUCUGUGGUCGAGAAGAUGUCUAUUGAGCUGGACCGCUCUGUGGACGAGGUCACCAUUGCCAUGGAUACAGUGAGAAUCCGCGAGCUUGGUAAUCAGUGUCGCUUGGCAGUAUCAAUAAACGGCUUGUUAUCGAUAAGUGGGUCGAACCCCGGGCUACUUUAACCCUUUAACAUGGAUACCACGAGGAGAAGACUACUGCAAGGACUGGCUGUACAAAGUUUGGAUGUGUUGUGAUACUGACAAUGGACAGUAAAGAGUCACUGGCUUCUCUUUCGGACAAAAGUUGCUGCUGUUCCGAAAUAUCGUCUUAAAUACUUUCAAAGAAUCCAUGCUACCCCUGAGAGCAGUGUAAUUGCAAUCUGAUGUUGAGAUGGUUAUGUGUGAUGGUACGGAUUAGAUGCAUUCAAGCUAUUGAUUGUCAAUUAAGUUUGUAACAACAAGGUAGAGGAAGCAAUUUUAGGGCAAUGAAGGACGCAAAUUGUAUGGCCAUCAUUUCUUAAUUUAAUACUGUUGAAAAAAAGAGCUGUGAUUACAGGGUUUGACAAUGAGAACUGCCAAAAAAAGGCAUCAAUUAAAUAAAAGAUUAGAAAUACA